CUAAGCACUCUUUUCCAUCAUCACGGGGUUCGACAGGAUGUGAACACCACCAGAGAUUAAUUUAUACUUGUACUGCUGUGCUCGGUAGCGGGGCAAUCAAUUAUGCGGGAUGCUAUUUUUUUGCCUCUGCCAGAAGUAGACGGCAAAUGUGUGAGCUUGAUGAUCAGUCGUCAGACUUCCAACAUAAGAAUGAGCUUUCCGUGCUUUCCAGCAUUCUGUUUGUGGGUGGCGCGUUGGCACUGCCAGGAAAUGUAGCUGCUCGUGCUUCAACAUCCACGGCUGCUGCACCUUCAGGCACAGGGAAGGUCAAAUAUGUUGGCGUGAACGUCGCAGGCUUCGACUUCGGGGUGGGUACUGAUGGAACACAAAACCUCACGAACGUCUAUCCACCAAUCGGAGGACAAUACCCUGACGGAGCUGGUCAAAUGAACCACUUCUCCACGAAGGAUGGCAUGAACAUCUUCAGAUUACCUGUCGGAUGGCAAUAUAUUGUUGGCGGCCAGCUUGGUGGGAACUUGAACUCAGCCAAUCUUGCGAAGUACGAUCAAUUGCUCCAAUCCUGCUUGAAGACUGGAGCUGUCUGUAUCAUCGACAUUCACAACUAUGCGAGAUGGAAUGGAAAGAUUAUUGGACAGGGAGGGGCUACCAAUGCCCAGUUUGUAAAUCUCUGGACCCAGAUCGCUACACGAUACAAGUCCACCGCCAAUGUUGCUUUUGGGGUCAUGAAUGAGCCCCACGACGUGGAUAUCAAGGAGUGGGCUGCAACCGUCCAACUGGUUGUCAAUGCAAUUCGAGGAGCUGGAGCAACCACACAAAUGAUUCUCCUGCCCGGAAAUGACUACACCUCCGCUGGAGCUUUCAUCACCAACGGAUCUGGCGCGGCAUUGCUUCCUAUCACGAAUCCAGACAACUCCACUACAGGCUUGAUCUUCGAUGUCCACAAAUAUCUCGAUAGCGACAACUCGGGUACGCACGCAGAGUGUGUUACGGACAAUAUCUCGACUGCCUUCCAACCUCUCGCAACCUGGCUCCGAACCAAUGGUCGACAAGCACUGAAUACCGAGACGGGAGGAGGAAAUACAGCUUCGUGUGCCAUGUAUCUUUGCUCGCAGCUCGCAUUUGUCAAUGAAAACAGUGAUGUCUACCUUGGCUACGUCGGAUGGAGCGCUGGAUCUUUUGAUCAGACCUACACGCUUGUAAUGACACCAACUGGGUCAGGAAAUAACAUGCAGGAUACAUCGUUGGUCAAGGCUUGCCUUGCAAGAUAAAGUGUGCGCCAAAAGGAAAACAAGGAGCGGCAGAAAUAAGUGAUAUUGUUCCCUUAAUCUCGAAAUGUAUAUAGUCCUGCUAUUGUAGAUAUAAGAAAGCAGAAAGUAAAAGCAUUUACUUUAGAAAAUCAGCCAGCUUUGACUCAACGCUACAAGGGUAAUAUGAAAUUGCACCAACAAAGGCAUAGAC